UCGUGGGGGAGGCAUUGCUACUUUAUGCGGCAACUGCGGCAGCGAUGCAGGCUUUUACGGUGGUACGGAAGUGUUGUCGAACUUUUGCGGCGGCGACGCAAGCUUUUACGGUGGUGGUAUGGAAGUGCUGCCAAACUUUUGCGGCUACGACGCAGGCUUUUACGGCGGUGGUACGGAAGUGCUGCCGAACUUUUGCGGCGGCGACGCAGGCUUUUACGGCGGUGGUNGGCGGUGGUACGGAAGUGGUGCCGAACUUUCGCAACAGCGACGCAGGCUUUUACGGCGGUGGUACGAAAAUGCUGCCGAACUUUUGCGGCGGCGACGCAGGCUUUUACGGCGGUGGUACGGAAGUGCUGCCGAACUUUUGCAGCGGAGACGCAUGCUUUUACGGCGAUGAUACGGUGGUGCUGCCAAACUUUUGCGGCGGCGACACAAGCUUAACCCAGGUGGUGUGGAAGCACUGCAAAAAUUUUACGGCGACGGCACCAGGCUUUACAGCGGCAGUGCGGAAGCGUUGUUGAAAAAUUUCGCAAUGUCGGCACAGGGUUUAUGGCGGUGACGACAAUAAUUUUACAUUGAGCGGCAGUUGGGCCUUUGUGCAGGGAAGGUGCCACUAGAGUGGGGUAUCUUGAGGCAGUGUGGACUUGACGGCGCGGUGACGCUGUCACAGUGGAAGCUAGUGGCGACGAUACUUACUGAAAAAUAAGUAAGGGGGUGUUGUGGCAGGUGAUCGCAGCAAGAGAGUGGUUUGGAUCACUUUGUUGACGACUGGGGAGGACUACCGGCGAGUCAAAGGGAGUGAUUUUAUACGGUCUUCUUGAGUGUACCAUUCAACUUCACUCAAGGUAGGUAGAGGGAUGCUUACAAAGGAGAUUGAUUAUGCCUCUUUGAGAUGACGGAAUGGAUUGUUUUUUUUCUACCUUUCACCUGCAUGCUUGUCAAGAAAAGCUUGUUGUUUUGGAAAAAUGUUAUUCAACGUGUGUCGAAGAAUGGAUUCUAUUGCAAUAAAGCAGAUAAGGUCAA